UUGCAAUAGGAUGAUUGGUUCGAAAAUAGUGAAACCAGGCGGUAUAGAGCCAGAUGAUUUCGAAAAGUCGAUUGCUCAAGCACUUUCGGAACUUGAAGCAAAUAGCGACUUAAAACCUUAUUUGAGAGAUUUGCACAUAACUCGAGCCCUUGAAAUUGAAUUCGGUACUAAAAAGGCUGUUAUAAUUUAUGUACCAAUUCCACAACAAAAAACUUUUCAAAAGAUACAAAUUAUUUUGGUGCGUGAACUUGAAAAAAAGUUCUCUGGAAAGCAUGUUGUAGUGAUAGGAGAACGCAAGAUUUUGCCAAAACCAACCCGCAAACGACCAUUGAGCACAAAUUUAACUGCUGUGUAUUUUAUUUUAGAAGAUUUAGUGUUUCCAGCAGAGAUCGUAGGCAAAUGUAUUUGUGGCAAAUUGGAUGGCACCCAAAUUAUAAAGGUGCAUUUGGAUAAGAAUCUACAAACGACCAUUGAGCAC